AUGGUGAAUGUUGGUGUGAGCGAUGGUAUGGGUACGGCAGUAGCAACGGUAGAGGCGAAAAAAGCAGACGAGACGACCGCGGUCUUUACGCUCGACAAAGCGCCGUCGUGCGCAAGCUCUGGCGAACUGAAGUUACCAGAUUUGUAUUCGGCUCUCAGCGUUACAGAUUUACGCGAACUGGCGUUUGAAAUUGUUUGCUCGGUACAGAUGGACGAAGAGCAGUUAGAAACGGCUCGCAUCGCCUUAGAUAUCGACCAGGAACUUGCUGACAAGAUUCAAAAGCAUUCUGAGAAAUUCGCGCCAGCCAUCAAAGAGGAGGGGAUCUCAGCGCGUAUCCAUCUGCGCGCGAUGAUAUCCGCGAUAGAGCAUUUUAAUGGCCCUCUCGGCGAGGGUGAGCAGUUUUUCAAGAAGCGUUGUCGCGCAGCAUGCGAGCUGUUGUGGGCGCGUCAUUGCUCUGAGCAAAACGCGAGUGCGAGCAAGAAGACAGCAGCGAAGCAUGAUUCAGACGACGAUACUCCGAAUCUUACGACACAAAACGUAUUGUCCGAGAUAAACAGAAUGUUGACGCUUCCUGAAGUCGACGCCACAUGGGUCGAGUCGGCGAUUGAGAUGAUUGAAUCCGUAAUCGAAAGCGAAAAGAACGGUUUUGGGUACCCUGGCAUCUUUGGUAUGAAGUUAUACGUCGAACUUUUAAGCGCAGUCUUUGACCAGGUGGAAGAUUACACUCUGGCAUACGAUGCAACGACCAUCAUUGACAGCUUUCAACCCGUGGCAUGCGCUUUGGGUUUGACAGAUGAAACUUCUAGAGGUGUGAUGCUGGCGUUUGCCGUAGUCAGGCAAGCGAUCGCAGCCAUGAAAGACGUGGGAAUAGACUACGACGAAGGAUCACCAGCGCUGGCUCUUUUAUCAAAAGCGAGAGAUAGUUUGCAUCGUACGGAGACGAAAAUGUCGCCGGCGGUUGCUUCAGCGGUGAGUUCUAUUCUGAGCUGGGGCAGAUUCAUGCUGCACGACUUCAUGCACACCGUCGCGCCACCAGCGACACACGAUGAUCGUGACAUCCUGAUGAUCGAUCCAGAGGUGUUUGACGUUAUUGUUGACAUCACUUACGACACAGCGCAAAUGUUGGGUCUAGAUGGUGUCGCUAUUUUGAAGGAUGCUUGUCAAAAGUCUGCGUGCGCAGAGUAUGAUCGCGUUCGCACCGCUGCGAUGGAGGAUGCGAAUGUACAAGGCGGUGAUGCAACGUGUACCUCCCUCCGAACGAUCGCUCAAACGACAGCACACAGCGCCGAUCAGUUCUCUGCGCAUCUAGAACGGUACAUAGUGACCUCCCCUGGAAUGAGUUCCAACGUGACGGGAUGCUUUGCUGCUCAACUCGGCGACCGCUUCAAGAAAGAUUUAUACGCUUGGCUCGAGUCAGGACCGCAACUCAAUGUUCAAUCUUUAGAGACUAUAUGGACGGUUGGUGAUCUACAAAACGCACUCGUCGCUACUGGUGGUGAUGCGGUCGAGCCCAUGGCGUUAGAUGAGCGCACGUCUGUUCUCGUGUUCACUUGGCUGAAUGUGAAAAUUGACGAUUUAAACACCAUCGUCGAUCGAUGCAUCUCGACCGAGAGAUGGAAAGUAAACAAGGAUAGCGCUCCCGUUCCGAGUGCAGUCGACUUUUUACGAGCCGUGAACGAGACGUUGGAUGGUUUUUUCUCGUUGAAAAUCCCUGCGCACGUGAGCGCUUUGAGAGCGCUGACUGAGGGCAUCGACGCCGCUGUGCGAAAGUAUUCAAGGUCUGCCGUUCAAUCGCUCGGUUCGGCUGAAGAGAUCGUGCCGCCAAUACCUACUAUGACACGGUACAAAAAGGCUAUAGUCGACGAUCUCCACAACAAUUUCAAGUCCGAAGAACCGCCACGAUUUUCUUUUGAAGAAGGAUGCGUCGGUGCGUCGACGCUGCGUUUGACUUCACUGAAAUUCCUCAUGGAUAAGAUGUACUUGCUUGAGCAAGAAAUCAUUCCGAAGUGGAAAAGUAUGCAACGUUCUGCGUCACUGCUGACUCAUCCCAACGCGGAACACGUCGUGCCGAGUGCAGAUUGGUUUGAAGGCAUGAUGGCUGGGGCGAGACAGGCGCUUCGCCAGAGCAUGAGUCAAAUAGCGAACCACAUGGCGUACAGCGUUAUCUAUCGGGAUUUGAGCGGCGCAAUUCUACAUAACAUCUAUGCGCAAGGCGUUCAUAGAAGUUCGCACAACAUCAGCACUGAGAUAUUGCCGUACUUGGAUGGCGUCUUGGGUUACGUAGCCGUGCGACUGGACAGUCAGACUCGAAACGCGGUUGGCUCUUUUUUGCUACAAGCCACGGUCUCGGGAUGGAUGCGUGUGUUGUUGAACGGUGGGCCGAGUCGUGUGUUCGUUGCAAACGAUGUUGAGCUUUUAGAAGAAGAAAUAGAAAUUCUUCGAGACUUUUUCAUCGCGGGAGGCAACGGCUUGGACGUCGCCGAAGUCACCGCUCGCAUCACGCCGAUGUCCGCCAUUCUGUCCAUGAUGAGCCUCUCCACGGACGACUUGUGCCAAAAUUACACCGAUUUGAGUCAAAAAGAGAUGCACACGCCGGUGUCAAACGCGGACGACACCGAUAUCAUAAAUAUCCACACCGCCGACGUCGUCUUGCGAGUGCUCUGCCACCGCGCAGAACACUCGGCGAGCAAGUGGAUCAAGGCACACUUUUCCAUACGCAAAACGGAAUCUGCCGGCAUGUUCGGUUUCAUGUAGUCGUCAUCAUUUCCACGCCUAUUCUCGAUUCGUAGACGACGACGACGCGUCGUCGCGCUCGCCGAGGAAGAAAUA